UGAAUUGAACCACUAUCGAACCAAAUAUCAAUUUUCGCAGUCGGCGUCGCAGUUUUUUACUUUUGUUUGAAUUUUGAAUAUUAACUCAAUAUAAAUAGUAUAAUUUAGCAAACAAAGUAGCCAGUUCUAUUCUGCGUCAAUUGCGACAUAUUGUAUGACUGAUUCGUCCCACGCAGAGCACGCAACACAAAAAAAAAACAAAUGCAGCGUAAUUCACAGCUUGUGGCCGCGUCAUGUGUCAUUGUAUUGAUGUUGACACAUGCGGCAACAGCGCAGGCAGGACUGCAGCCAGGUGGCAAGCUAAUCGAAUUGGACGAGGAUAAUUGGCAUUUGAUGCUCAAAGGCGAAUGGAUGAUUGAAUUCUUUGCCCCAUGGUGCCCGGCUUGCAAGAACCUGGCACCCACUUGGGAGCGGUUUGCACGCGUAGCGAAGGAUGUGAAGGUGGAGGUGGCCAAAAUUGAUGUGACCACAUCGCCAUCCCUCAGCGGACGCUUCUUUGUCACCGCCUUGCCCACCAUCUAUCACGUCAAAGAUGGCGAAUUCCGUCAGUAUCGUGGAGCCCGCGACGGAGACGCUCUGCUGCACUUUGUGAAGAAGCAGCAGUGGCAGAGCAUUGAGCCGCUAUCCGCCUGGAAGAAGCCCGACACCAUCCACAUGUCUGUGUUAUCCUAUUUCUUCAAGCUGUCCCACACCCUGAAGGACUUCAACGGGCGCCUGCAAGAGGAAUACGGACUGCCCACAUGGGGCUCCUAUGCUCUGUUUGCAAUCGCCACUAUCUUCGUUGGCGCCGCAUUGGGACUACUGCUUGUUUGCCUUGUGGACUUUGUGUAUCCUCCCAAGAAAUCCCAGCGACAGAGCUUCUCAGAGUCUCAGGACAAUCUAGCUGAGGGCGUUGAAGACCUGGCCACCGAGGAAAUCGAAGAUGAUGGCGAGGCUGACGACGACGAUGAUGAUGAUCAAGAGGAUCAGCAGAGAGACAGCGUCGAGGAAGAGCCGGAAGACGAAGAGGAGGAGAAGGACGACGAGAGCAGCACAAAGGACUCUAACGAUGUUCCAGUUCUCCAGAAAGAGGCCCAUUAUGAUGCCGAUGAGUUGAAGAAGACCGUCAAAGAAGUAGCAAAGCAGGCCGGCGAUGCUGGGCCAGAAAAACUCGAUAGAACAGACCAAGUGCGUAAGCGCAAACCUCACAGGGCGGAUUAGAUCCAGUCGGUCUCAGUAAAUAGACCAGCAACAAAAGACUAACAAACAGAAAUAGAAUCGAGAAAAAAACAGCAUUUUACAAAGCAAAUUGUUUUCACAUAUACAUACAUGCAUAUAUACUUUAAGCAAGACAGGUCCUCUGCUCUGCGCACAAAAGAACAAAUGUUUUCCACAAUUAAUACCAACACCAAAUGCAUAAAAUGUUUACACGUGGUAUGUGCGUGCCACCUUAACAUGUAUUUCUUAAAUAUGGAAUCUGCAAACGAAACGUAACAAUAACUAACUUAAACCUUAGUCGUACACUUUCAUUUUCGUCCCAAAAGCCUUGUGUUCAUAAUAUUUUUCCUUCACGAUAAUGUAACACUAAUUUCUCUGUUUAAGCAUUUCAUUAUGUAUUUGGAUUUGAAUCAAAUUUCAAAAAUGAUGUAUUAAAAUGUAUUAAAAAAUAAAUUUAAACACGAACCGUAAACCCCA